GACCUACAAGGUCACAUGGCUCGCGGGACAACAUGGCUGCGCCCGCGCUAGGGCCAGCUCGAGAAUGCGGCGCCGGGCUCACUCUCGUCCUCUUGUUGUCGCUGUUCUUGCUGCUAGGCUGGGCGGCGGGGGGCGAAGAGGCUGGGCCUGAGGCAGGCGCGCCGUCCCUCGCGGGCUCCUGCGGUUGUGGCAAUCCCCAGCGGCCCGGGGCCCAGGGAAGCUCGGCAGCCGCGCACCGAUACUCCCGGGAGGCGAACGCCCCGGGCUCGGUCCCCGGAGGGCGGCCAUCCCCACCCACCAAGAUGGUCCCCAUCCCUGCCGGCGUGUUUACAAUGGGCACAGAUGAUCCUCAGAUAAAGCAGGAUGGGGAAGCACCUGCGAGGAGAGUUGCUAUUGAUGCCUUUUACAUGGAUGCCUAUGAAGUCAGUAAUGCUGAAUUUGAGAAGUUUGUGAACUCAACUGGCUAUUUGACAGAGGCUGAGAAGUUUGGUGACUCCUUCGUUUUUGAAGGCAUGUUGAGUGAGCAGGUGAAGUCUGACAUCCAGCAGGCAGUUGCAGCUGCUCCGUGGUGGUUACCUGUGAAAGGUGCUAACUGGAGACACCCAGAAGGGCCCGACUCUACUGUCCUACACAGGUCGGACCACCCGGUUCUCCACGUCUCCUGGAACGACGCCGUCGCCUACUGCACGUGGGCGGGAAAGCGUUUGCCCACGGAGGCCGAGUGGGAAUACAGCUGUCGAGGAGGCCUGCAAAAUAGACUUUUCCCCUGGGGCAACAAACUGCAGCCAAAAGGCCAGCAUUAUGCCAACAUCUGGCAAGGCGAGUUUCCUGUGACCAACACCGGGGAGGACGGCUUCCGAGGGACCGCGCCUGUUGACGCCUUUCCUCCCAAUGGUUAUGGCUUAUACAAUAUAGUAGGGAACGCCUGGGAGUGGACUUCAGACUGGUGGACUGUUCACCAUUCUGCUGAAGAAACGAUUAACCCAAAAGGCCCCCCUUCUGGGAAAGACCGGGUGAAGAAAGGUGGAUCCUACAUGUGCCAUAAAUCCUAUUGCUACAGGUAUCGCUGUGCUGCUCGAAGCCAGAACACACCUGACAGCUCUGCUUCGAAUCUGGGAUUCCGUUGUGCAGCUGACCACCUGCCCACCACAGGCUAAGAGCCAAAAAGAGCCUUCCCGAACCCGAGAAGUCGUGUCUACUCUGCACGCGGCUUCCCUCAGAAGGCUGAACAACCUGCUGUGAAGAAUUCCCACCCCAAGGUGGGUCACAUACCUGCCCAGUGGCCAAAGGAACCAUAUGGCAAGACCAAAUCGCUGACCUGCAUCAGCAUGUGCGCUUUAUUGUGUGAUGUGUUUCAUGUUUUACUUUUGAGAGUGUUUUAAAGAGGAAGGAGGUGGAGGGCAUCCUGAGCUAGGCUUCAGGAGGCCUGUGUUCUACCCAGGGUCUGCCCAUUUGGAUAGACCCCAGGGUCCCACUCUUGACCUUCCUGGGCCUCAGUGAGUUCAUCUGUCCAGUGAGGGGAUGCACAGCAUGAUGUCUGAGGCUCACUGCCGACUCGCAGAUCCUCUGGAUAUAUUAGAUUCUAUUGUGAUUUCAUAGUGAGAAUUUAUGACAGAUGAUUUUUUAGCUAUAUUUUCCCCAUUUGUGAACCUUGGGUGAUACUAAUCAUGUAAAAUAGUUGUUCUCUUAUGUAUUAUUUUCAGAAAAGAAUGGGGUGGGGUGGUGGGGAUGAGUCUUUAUAUUCAUACUGCACUUUGCUUUUUCGAGGAAAUCAGUGUCUUUACAUUGUUAUGACGAAUCCCACUUGGGCCAGCGAUGGCACACUCAAGUUCAGCCAUCGGAACACGCAGGAAUGUCUGUGGGGUGACUCUACUGUGCUUUAUCUUUUAACAUUAAGUGCCUUUGGUUUGGGGGGCAGCUGUAAGCCCUAUUUUCCCCCUCUCCCCAAAGCCUUCGGUGAAUGUGAACUGUGUGCCACACAGAGAAGCCUGUUUAAUUCUAGAUGUAGGACAAAAGGAGCAGGAGCCUUGAAUCAACUAUUUUCAAGGUAUCUAGUAUUUUGUAAUAGGGAAGUAGGAAAUCCUGUUGUCUGUGGAGUAUCCCAUGCUUUGGAUCAUGCACUAUGUCGAAUAAACUGGUAUCUGCUAAAUCA